AUGGCUUUCACACAAGAAGAAGAUGAAGACCUUCACGUGGCUGCCUGGACAUUGAUUUACAUACACCAAGCUCAAGCUCAAUAUCUAAAUCAGUCACCAGAAGAAGACGAUAUAGAUGAUGAGGUUGAGUCGACUCCAUUAUCACAAGUAAGCCAAGCUCAUCAAAAGCCGUCUAGGAAGAGGAAAUAUGCUGACAACAAUCAGAAUACGAUGAAAAUAAAUAAGGAGGAGCUCUUUUCAGAAGAAACUCUGAGGCUCAUUCAGGUAUGGUAUAGAGAUGACCCUGAUCCAGUAGAGAUAUUCAAGGAUGCUGAGGCUCUUGUUACCGAGGCAGCUAGUGGAGGAGACGAUGCUUCCUUUUCUAGAAGAAUCAGAGAAUCCGAGCUUAGGGCUUGA